AUGGCGCUUGUAUUCAUGAGACAAACAAGAUUAUGGUGCUCGUAUCGCACAACGUUGACUGCCCUGUCUAAAACGCAUUAUUAUCCUCGUCAUGUUAGUGCUUUCUUCCAACGCAGGUAAGUGAAAACAUUUUCCGUCAGAUUAUGGAAUGAACUUCCGGACGAUCUCAGGCGUGCAGUGCAUGUAUUACAUUUUGUUAUUGGUCGUAUAAAAAAUAGAGUCACGAUCUCUCUCAACGGCCAGUUUAUAAUAGAUUAUACCUGUAAACCACAUAUAAAUCAUAAGUAUUCUCUAGUUAUAAUCACUCCGCAUAUUUUCAGUUCUAAAAUGUUGUAUUUCGGCUGAUGAGAAAGAUCGUGACUCAAUCUUUUAUACGACCGUUUAUUAAUUAAUACAACCGAAUGUUCUAUCUAUAUAAAACUAAUGUAUAUAGUAUUUUUUAGUUUCAGUCUUAAUCAGCCGACAGGCUAUGCAAAUAAACCAAGCAACCAUUCGAAUAUCAUUAAAAGCAAGACGGAUUUAGAUCUUAUUGAAAAUAAAUCCCUCCCUGCAUUCUUAUUUGACAAAUUUGAUACAUUUGGCAACAAACCAGCAAUGGUAUGUAUGGGACGAAUUUUAUUUGUAUAAAACAUAGCGUCUUCAAAAGAUUUUUUGUUGUAUUGUAACUGACAAACUGUACAUUGUAUUGCGAAUUUUAUAAAUAUGCUGUAAAGUCCGUAAUGUAAACAAACGUUUUGUUUACAUUUUGAACUGCUACGUUGUAAAAUAUGAUAUAUACUAACUGAAUAUCUAACACUCUGGUUCGCUAUGCUUGUAAAUGAGUAUAAACUAGAGUACGUUUCAAUUCAAAAAAGUUCGAAAGAUGCAAAAUUUGGGCAAUGUUUAUAUCUGCGGCUCCCCCUUUGUUAUAUGAGCAUAACUGAUGCGCAGAACAGACUUUACAGCAUCUUCAAGGUGUCUUCUGUUAAUAGCUUUUUCAUUUUUCUAUAGUUUAUAGUUUAAUUUUUUAUUAAAGUGACUGUUUAGUAAACUUCCGGCUACAUAGUGACUAUAGUUAAUUUAUAAGUUCAAUUUUUAUAAGAUAAACCGAUCCCAACCCUUCUCCAACCCUAUACCCUUCUCUAACCCUAACCCCUUCUCUAACCCUAACCCCUUCUCUAAGCCCUAACCUUUUGAGAGUUCGAAAAGGUAGAAAAAAAGGUAGACAAAACACAUCCCGACCUGGACUUUACUGCUUUUUACUUUCCACAUGCAGUGCCUUUACCGUAUAUGGUAACAGCAAGCUCGCUAAAAGCUACGUACUGCAAACAAAAGCUUAAAAAUAUAGUCACUAUGUAACCUGUGCACAGUUUACUAAACAGCCAGCUGUCUUGUCACUUUGUUCGUUUUUCAAGUUUGCAAAGUAAACUGACAGUAUAUUGUCUUCUUUUGGUGAUAUACAUCAUACGACCAUCCAUGAACCUAGAUGAUGUAUAUCAAUUAGCAUACAGGCACAAUUUUUUAUUUGUGAGUACCUGACCCCCACUCCUUGUCCCUUACUGGAAUUGACCCCUGACCCUAACCAGUGCAUGACUCCCGAUCACCUGGGGGCAGCUAACUAAAAUGGUGUGUGCACUUGACAUGCUGUGUAAAAGUGAGUGGCCCAAAUUCAAUUGAGAUGUCAAUGUCUCUAUACUGAGCUGCAAUUUUAUUUCCACCCUUUAAGUGGCAAUGCAUGUGCUCUCUGAUGCAUCCAACUUUAUUAUUUUACUCAUCAAGAGAGUGUUGCCACUCAAUGGGUUAAGACGCAGGGGUAUUUUAGGUUUUGGGACUUGGGUGGGAGCUCCCCCAAAAUUUCAGGGGUUUUUUUAUUUGGGGGGGAUUCCCCCCUCCUAUGGUUACAAACCCAGACGUCAUUUCCUACACUCACCUCUUUCCAAGUGAGGGGAUAUUAAUGUCUGGGUUCAAGUGAUUACCUAUUUUUUAUACUCAAGGUUAUAAGCCUUAUCACUUACCAGUUUAAUAUUAAUAAUGAUAUUCCUAUUCCGUUUUGGGGGGAAAUGCUCCCCCCCCCCCAGAAUUUAGCUAUUUUCUGACCUUGGGGGAAUUUGGUAUUUUUUUGGGGGGGGGGGGAAUUCCCCCUAUUCUCCCGCGCAAAAUAUCCCUGAGACAGCUUCACCAUGCACAAAUCCUUUUAAAUUUGCUUAUUGAUAUUUCACCAGUACAGCUAAUUAAGUAGUUUGAUGAAUUGAUGCCAUUGGAUGGUUGCUUCAUUAGUUCAUUAUGCCAAAAAUACAUAAUUGUAUUUUCUGGGCAAAAGCAGGGGCGGGUCUUGUCUUGUAGGUAGAGGGGGAUGCAUUGCUACAGCGGUCUGGGGGCAUUCUCUCCCUGGAAAUAUUUGAAAUUUGAAGCCUUGGGGCUGGUUGUUCAAAGGUGGGUUAGCGCUUAAAUUAAUCCUGGGUUAAAAUUUAACCUGCUGUUUUAGUUUGUGUAUUUCUGUAUAUGUUUAUUUCAAAACGUCAGAGAAGUAAACUCCUAUCGAUCCAGACAAGAUCUCUGAAGAAAUAUUUCCAAAUUUAUAAACAAGAUGUCUGGAAGUUUGCUAUGAAUUUUAGGUUAAGCUAGGGUUAAGCUAACCCAGCUUUAUAAUUUGAACAACUGGCCCCAGAAAUGCUAUUUCCUGCAAUUUGAGCACCACAUUUAUUCAUUAAUUUUCUCCUCACGGUACUUACAUUUCAUGCAAUUAAAAAUUAAGAAAAGUAAUUAUGAUGUUGUACACCGGAUGAUGAUCAUCUUAACCCAAGGAGUGAAAAGGAAAAUAUCUUUUGUUAAAUAAUCUUUAAUAAACAGCAGCAUACAGUAUCAGCUUUGAAAAAUUUUCUGGGGGAUGACCCCCCAGAUCCCCCUUUUCUUCCGAAACUUAGUAUCACAGUGCAAAUCAAUUACAAAAGCCUUUAUUAUAAUUAUUACACUUCAGGUAAAUUUUUAAAAUUGAACUUCAAAUUUCAGGUAAAUCCUCAACACCCCAACUUUAGAUGCUUCGCUAUAACUCAUUAUAACAUAACUUAUUAAUAAUCUAUGUUAUAUACUAGUCGACGUUUAUUCAUAAUUCUGGUCCUUCACCGGCCGUCACGUGUGUAUUGUAUUUUUUGUCAAAUCCACCAAUAACAAUUUCCAAUUUCCCUCUUGUCCGAGUCACGGAUAGGUAUUGGGCAAAAAUACAAUACACACGUGACGGUGAAGGACCAGAUUUAUGAAUAAACGUUGACUAUCAUAGAUAGUGAGUUAUAUUGUUAUUCUAAUGAGUUUCACAGCCAUCUUCCCUUGGCCAGGUGAUCUUGAUACGCGGAAAAGUACUGGCACUAGUUGUCUAAUAGAAAUCCAUUUUACGAUUAAAACAACUGAAUAUCUCCUGUAAUAUACUUUAUUUCGAUUCCAUAUUUUUGUCAGAGCUAUAGUUCUCAUAACCAAACGUAAUUACAAAAUUUCAACUAGUUUCAUUAAGAAGAAUGAAAGAUAUAAUUGACUGAAUACAUCAAAAUGGAUUUCUAUUCGGACAACCCUUUCUGAGCGCUGAUUGGCUAAAAUACGAACACGAGAUCACCUGGUUCGAUAGGCUAUGGUGUUAUGUACUCAGGUGAAUAGGAUGAUGUUUGUGAUGUUACUCUGAGUGUGCAACCACACCGGGCAAGCUGAAAAGUUUGCCUGACCAUGGUGAGAAUCGAACCCGCGACCUUUGGGAUACUAUAGUCCUAUGUUCUGCCAACCGAGCUACAGUACGUGGUCAAGUCGAGUCUAGUUCCUUCGAUAUCAAUGUAUCCUAAGAUAUGAUGCUUGGCAAGCUGAAAAGUUUACUGUACUACGGGAUACUAUAGUCCUAUGUUCUGCCAACCGAGCUACAGUACGUGGUCAAGUCGAGUCUAGUUCCUUCGAUAUCAAUGUAUCCUAAGAUAUGAUGCUUGGCAAGGUGAGAAUCGAACCCGCGACCUUUGGGAUACUAUAGUCCUAUGUUCUGCCAACCGAGCUACAGUACGUGGUCAAGUCGAGUCUAGUUCCUUCGAUAUCAAUGUAUCCUAAGAUAUGAUGCUUGGCAAGCUGAAAAGUUUACUGUACUACGGGAUACUAUAGUCCUAUGUUCUGCCAACCGAGCUACAGUACGUGGUCAAGUCGAGUCUAGUUCCUUCGAUAUCAAUGUAUCCUAAGAUAUGAUGCUUGGCAAGCUGAAAAGUUUACUGUACUACGGGAUACUAUAGUCCUAUGUUCUGCCAACCGAGCUACAGUACGUGGUCAAGUCGAGUCUAGUUCCUUCGAUAUCAAUGUAUCCUAAGAUAUGAUGCUUGGCAAGCUGAAAAGUUUACUGUACUACGGGAUACUAUAGUCCUAUGUUCUGCCAACCGAGCUACAGUACGUGGUCAAGUCGAGUCUAGUUCCUUCGAUAUCAAUGUAUCCUAAGAUAUGAUGCUUGGCAAGCUGAAAAGUUUACUGUACUACGGGAUACUAUAGUCCUAUGUUCUGCCAACCGAGCUACAGUACGUGGUCAAGUCGAGUCUAGUUCCUUCGAUAUCAAUGUAUCCUAAGAUAUGAUGCUUGGCAAGCUGAAAAGUUUACUGUACUACGUGACGGUACUACGCUUAUCAGCGAGUUUUAUUCAUUGCGCACAAAAUAUCUUACUAUCUUAAGGCUAUGUUACACGGUGAAAUUUUUCUUGCAACUUGCAAUGCAAUAUUUCUACUCUUGAGAGAUGUUAAUGAGUCAAAUCAGUGAAGAAUUUUCGAAAUGUUGAGAAAACAUCAGCGGAGUGUAAUGAAGACUCGUAUUUGGCACGUUUACAUCUCUCAAGAGUGGAAUUGCAUUGCAAGAGCUGAAGAUGCGAAUCGUGUAGAAUACAACUCGAAACAACAAAAUUUUCUCUGUUUGUCAAACAUUAGUGACAAAGUGUCAAACAUAUAAUACUUUUUGUGUGUGUUGGUGUUAUGUUAUCAGGUGAAUAUGAUGUUUGUGAUGUUAGUCUGAGUGUGCGUCCACACCGGGCAAGCUGAAAAGUUUGCCUGAGCACGGUGGGAAUCGAACCCGCGAUCAUUUUUGGAUACUAGUCCAAUGCUCUAACAACUGAGCUAUACGAGAUCAAGUCGGUGAUAUUUCGGAAUUGAGUCUAGUUCCUGAAAAGUAGUUCAGUUGGUAGAGCAUUGGACUAGUAUCCCAAAGGUCAGGUGGCGGGCUCGAUACCCACCGUGGUCAGGCAAACUUUUUAGCUUGCCCGGCGUGGAUGCACGCGCAGAGUAAUAUCAGAAACAUCAUGAGUACAUAACAUGAUAACACCAACACGCACAAAAAGUAUCAUAUCUUAGAAUACAUUGAUAUCGGAUCGAAGGAACUAGACUCAGUUCCGAAACAUUACCAACUCGAACCGACUUGAAGUCGUAACUCAGUUGCUAGAGCAUUGGACUAGUAUCACAAAGGUCGCGGGUUCAAUUCCCACCGUGGUCAGGCAUACUUUUUAACUUGCCCGUUGUGGAUGCACACUCAGAGUAACAUCACAAACAGUAUAUAGAUAUAAGAUAUAACAUAUCAGUCCUAGCUUGAGGAUGAUUCUGAAUUAUAUCCUGUAUAGCUUAUGAUCUAUAACUAGUUGUUUUUUCCUUCAGAUUGACGGAAUCACAGGACAGCAGUACACCUACCCUCAACUGCAAGAAAUGACGAUAAAAUUAGGCUCAGCUUUGACCAAACUCGGCUUUAAGAAAGGAGACGUGUGCGCCAUAUUUUGUCAUAAUAUUAUAGAGUAUCCCAUUAUCUACCUAUCCAUAUUAUCUCUGGGUGGUAUAGCCACGUUAAUUUCUAGUAUGGCUACUGUUCCAGAGUUAUGUUAUCAGUUGAAAGACACAAACGCCCAAUACAUCUUUACAGUCCCAGCUUUGGCUUCCACUGCAAAGGAAGCGGCAAAACAAUGUGGAUUAACUGAAGUGUGUGUAGUGGGAGAAGCUGAAGGCUGUCGACCAAUUUCGAACUUUUUUGAAGACGAUGGAAAGAGCUUUCCAAGAGAUGUUGAGAUCAAGCCCAAGGAAGAUGUGGCGAUAUUGCCGUAUUCGAGUGGCACUACAGGUCUGCCUAAAGGCGUUAUGUUAACCCACUUCAACCUAUCUGCGAACAUACAGCAAUACUGUGAGCGGCCGGAAUACAAUGAUACUAAGUUUGAUGACAUUGCGUUAAGCGUAAUACCGUCUUUUCACAUAUAUGGAAUCACUGUUGUUCUCGGAGUAUCGUUAUAUAAAGGGGCGACCGUAGUAAGUUUGCCAAAGUUCGAGCCAGAGCUGUUCCUAGAGACAAUACAAAAUUUUAAG